AUGCGUUCUCGCUUCAAGCUCAUCUUCUCAUCUUCCUACUCGGCUUAUGCUUAUGCUUCUGCUUCUUCUUCUUCAAUCAAAGUUACCAACUUUAACCAAUCACAAGCUAAAGUUCACAACUUUUUGUCACUCUUACAAAGAUUUUCGAAAACUCUCAUCUGGGUCAACUCCAUUCAUGCCCAGAUCAUCACCAAUGGGUUAUUCAGAGACCAAAGUUUGGUCAGAAAUCUCGUUGGGGUGUACUGUGAUCUGGGUAGUUUGGUUUAUGCACGCCAGGUGUUCGAUGAAUGUCCUCACCCAAAAACCAUUCUUUACAAUUCUAUGAUUUAUGGGUAUUUGAGAAAAGAGAGGUACAAUGAGGCCCAUGAGCUGUUUAGAUUGAUGGGUUUUCGUAAUGUGGAGGUGGAUAGUUAUACAUGUAACUAUGCGCUCAAGGCAUGUAUGAGGCUUUCGGAUUAUGAAACGGGUGUGGAGGUUAUUAAGAGAGCUGUGGAUAGAGGAGUUGAGAGCAAUGGGUUCUUUGGGAGUUCAAUGAUCAACUUCUUGAUGAAAUUUGGUAAUGUAGAUGAGGCGCGGAGGUGUUUUGAUAGGAUGGGGGAAAGAGAUGUUGUUUGUUGGAAUUCGAUGAUUGGUGGCUAUGUGCAGGCUGCUCAGUUCAGCAAGGCAUUUGAUUUGUUUCAUGAAAUGUGGAGUUGCGGCAUUAGGCCAAGUGCAGUAAGUAUGCUGAGUAUGAUUCGAGUGUGCAUUGAUACUGCGGAUUUCAAGCUUGCAAAAUGUGUUCAUGGUAGCAUAGUUGGACUGGGAAUGAGCAAUGAGGUUUUGGUGCUUACCUCGUUGGUUGAUAUGUAUAGUAAUAUUGGUGACAUGCGUAGUGCAUGUUGGGUUUUUGAGACCAUGCCGAAAAGAAAUUUGGUUUCAUGGAAUGUCAUGGUCUCGGGAUGUGUUCAAAAUGGUAUGGUGCAUGAAUCGUUUGCCUUCUUUGAUAGAUUAGUUGCAAGUGGUGUUAGGUUUGAUUCAGGGACUAUGGUGAGCCUAAUUCAGGGUUGUUCUCAAAUAGCUGCUUUGAAUGGUGGAAAAAUCCUACACGGUUGUUCAUUAAGGAGGGGUUUUGAGUUAAACCCUAUUUUAUCCACUGCCAUUGUUGAUCUGUACUCUAAAUGUGGUGCAGUAAAGAAAGCAACUUUUGUCUUUGACAGAAUGAAACAGAGGAACGUUAUUACCUGGACUGCUAUGCUUGUGGGACUAACACAAAAUGGGCAUGCAGAAGAAGCCUUGAAGCUAUUCUCUCAGAUGCAAAAAGAGGGAGUUGCUGCCACUUCAGUGACACUGGUUAGUUUAGUUCAUUCUUGUGCCCAUUUGGGCUCUUUGAAGAAAGGAAAGGGUGUUCAUGCUCACUUUAUUCGGCAGGGCUAUUCAUUUGACGUAGUUAACAUGACAGCCUUGAUUGAUAUGUAUGCCAAGUGUGGCACAAUAGAGUAUGCUGAGCGGAUAUUUAACAAGGGAUCCAUUUAUAGAGAUGUUAUCCUAUGGAACUCUAUGAUAACAAGCUAUGGUAUUCAUGGCCAUGGACAGCAAGCUCUUGAUAUGUAUAAAAAAAUGAUGGAGGAGGGAUUUGAGCCAAACGAAACCUCCGUUCUUUCUCUUCUAACUGCUUGUAGUCACUCGGGACUUCUUGAAGAAGGGAUCGAGUUUUUCCACAGCAUGGAGAGAAACCGUACUAUUAGGCUGAUUGAAAAACACUAUGCUAGUUUUGUGGAUCUCCUAAGCAGAGCAGGCAGAUUUAAAGAAGCCGAGGCUUUGAUUGAACAAAUGCCUUUUAAACCAGGAAGUUCUGUUUUUGAAGCAUUGCUGAGUGGAUGUCAAGCUCACAAGAACAUUGGACUGGGUAUCAAGACGGCAGAUAAAUUACUUUGUAUUGAAUCCAUGAAUCCUAGUAUUUAUGUUGUGCUAUCAAAUAUUUAUGCUCAAGCAAGGAGAUGGGAUGAUGUGAGCUACAUUCGAAACCUGAUGAGGACAAGAGGGCUAAGGAAAACACCCGGGUAUAGCUUGAUUGAAGUGGAAAAUCAGGUCCACACAUUCUUCGCUGGAGACAAUUCGCAUCCGCAUUGGGCAGAGAUUUAUCAGCAUUUAGAGAACAUAAGAGCAGCAGUGGAGGCUUCUGGUUAUAUUCCUGAUACAAGCAGUGUUCUUCGCAAUGUCGACGAGCCAAUGAAGAUUAGGCUGCUAUGGGGGCACAGCGAGAGACUAGCCAUUGCAUUUGGGCUCUUAAGUACACCAGCUGGGAGCUUGAUUAGGAUCACAAAGAAUCUAAGAGUGUGUGUUGAUUGUCACAAUGUGACUAAACUUGUAUCAAAGAUGAUGAAGAGGGAGCUUAUUGUGAGAGAUGCCAAUCGUUUUCAUCGCUUUGUGAAUGGGAAGUGCUCUUGUAACGAUUACUGGUGA